AGUGAUAUCAAUGGAGAUGAAUAAUCACAUGAAGAAGAUACCUCCUCCUAAAGUCAAUAGUAUUAUGGAUACUUCUCAGAAAGUAAAGGCAGCUUUUGAAUUGAUUGAUGCUCAAAUAUCUAUUUCUAACGAGGCUGUGUCAAAUUCUCCUAAAUAAGGAGAAAUCUCAGUCUAAGAAGAGGAAGGAAUUAAACAGUCAAAUAAUAGAUGCUAGUUGAAGAUCUGAUCAGAAGAGCUUCAGCAAUAAUAAUGAGAGUAAAGAAAAUGGUCAGAAAGACAAGGAAUUAGAGGAUAAUAAGGCUUAUGGAAUAAACCAUCAACAGCAUAGAGACUCUCAGAAAUAAAACACAUCUUUCAACAUCGGCUUCUUCGAUAACUGGGCAUACGAGUUCAAGCAAUAUUGGUCACUACAUCUUCGGAAAGAGCAUUGGGAAGGGAACUUUUGGAAAAGUUAAAGAAGGCACUCAUAUACUCACAGGCCAAAAAGUUGCAAUUAAGAUCCUUGAGAAGGAGAAAAUAGCAGAUGUUGCUGAUGUUGAAAGAGUUGCUAGAGAGAUUCAUAUUCUCAAGAUUAUCAGACACCCUCAUCUUAUCCAACUGUUUGAGAUUAUAGAGACUCCUAAACAGCUAUUCUUGAUUAUGGAGUAUACUGAAGGAGGAGAGCUUUUUAAUUAUAUUGUUUCAAAGAGCAAACUUCGAGAGAAAGAAGCUUGAAAGUUCUUUCAGCAAAUCAUUUCAGGAGUGGAGUAUAUACAUAAGCUCAGGAUCUGCCAUCGAGAUUUGAAGCCUGAAAAUUUACUUUUGGAUCAUAAUAAUGACAUCAAGCUGAUUGAUUUUGGGCUAAGUAAUACUUAUAAGAAAGGAAAUACUUUAAAAACGGCGUGAGGGUCUCCUUGAUAUGCAGCUCCUGAAGUUGUCGCUGGAAAGAGAUACCAUGGAUUGAUGGUUGACAUCUGGAGCUGAGGGGUUAUCCUCUUUGCUAUGGUAUGAGGCUAUCUCCCAUUUGAAGAUCCUGAUACAGGAAAGUUGUAUAAAUAAAAUUUUGGGUGCUAGAUAUCAGAUUCCAAACCAUGUCUCCCCUGAAUGAAAGGAUUUGAUGAAGAAAAUUUUGGAUACUAAUCCUAAUACAAGAAUAACGAUUGAAGAGAUGAGGAAUCAUCCUUGGUAUCAGUUGACAGUUCCUCAUGAAAAAGAAGGAAUUAUUGUUGGAGUUAACUCAAUUCCAGUGAAUAAUGAAGUUCUCGACUUACUAGAAUCUUAUGGCUUCAAUUUUGACAUGAAUGAUUCCAAAGUCAUUUCUGGGAAAGGAGGAACUGGUAAAGUACCCUGCCGGUUGUAUACAAAGAAGUGUAUUGAAUUGAAUAAGCAUAAUCACUUCACAACUUCUUACUAUUUGCUGCUUGAUAAAUGGGAGAAGACUAAUGGGAAGCUACGGAUCGAAAUCUCAGAGUCAGUAGACAGGUUUAGCAGGAAGCCCAACAUCCCACUUGAUUAUAAAAGUUCAGUUAGAGGCAACUCUGUUCAAAUGAAGGAUAAUAAUCAGAUUGAUCCAUUUGCUCAUUUUACUCCGGUAGCUAGAAGAUUUAUUGAGGGUUCCAAUAUUGUUAAAAAAGCUAAAGCUUAUUCUCAGAAUCCAAGCUCUCGGGUUCAUUCUACUAGGAUAAAUGGAUAUCAACAACAACUUCCUAAAUAAUAAGAGAAUUAAGAAACCCACUCCAAAUGAUCUUUUUCCAAGCGAAAAGAGCUAUUCACCCAGAAGUUCAGCUGGAAAACCAGUAGUAAAUAAUUUCACAAACUUCACAUCGACUAUGGUUGGCUCUUUUAGAGAUAAUUCGGGCUACUCAGAUGGAAAGGAAAGUUCUGGUUAUGAAACUGCCCAUGGACCUUUCUUUAAUGCCAGAAGCUAUGGGAGUACAAACAAAGCCAAUAGAAAGCCCUAUCAUUUAAAGAUUAAACCACAGUUGCCCAAUGUGUCAAAACAUAGGGUUGUUCUUAGAUCAACUAAUAAUGAAAGAUGCCAGAACAAAGCCCCUGCUUAUCCUAAUUCAGUGAUUAAUCCAAAAAGCGUAAACCGGACUGGGAGCAAUUCUCCUAAAAAAGCUGCCAGAGUUCAGAAUAAUUCGUUCCAGAUCGUAAAUAAUUUCAUGCAAACAAAUUAUAAUGGUUUUAGAGGAGCGGGUUCUAGUAUGAACCAGACUCAAAUCAAUGCGAGGAAGACAAUGUACGGCUCUUUAGCUUACCCCUCAAAGAAUAUUCCAAAACCAUUGAAUGUAGUACCUUAUGAUAAAAAUCCAAAGCUGUAUCAUAUUUAUAAGAGCAAGGCGAGCUCAAGUGAGAGAAGAAGGGUAUCAGGAAGUGGAAAGAAGGAGCAAACACCUCUUGGAUAUCUUUUUGGACGACAGUUUGGUAAUCCAAUCUCCAAACGCACAAGCUCUGAUCAAAAUAGAAUCAAUCAGUAGCAAACCUAAAGUUUUAU